AUGAGGACAAGAGUGGAGCUGAGUGAGAGCAGAGGAGGAGAAGAGGAGGCGGAGGAGGAGGAAGAGAGGAGAGAGAGAAGGCAGGCAGAGGAGGAGGCGAACGAGGCAGAGGAGGCAGUGGGGACAGAGGAGGAGAAGGAGGAGGUAGUGAAGACAGAGGGGGCAAAGGAAGCAGAGGAAGAGGCGGAGGAGGCAGAGGAGGCAGGGGAAGCAGAGGAGGCGGAGGUGGCAGAGGAGGCAGGGGAAGCAGAGGAGGCGGAGGUGGCAGAGGAGGCAGGGGAAGCAGAGGAGGCAGGGGAAGCAGAGGAGGCGGAGGUGGCAGAGGAGGCAGGGGAAGCAGAGGAGGCGGAGGUGGCAGAGGAGGCAGAGGAGGCAGAGGAGGCAGAGGAGGCAGAGGAGGCAGAGGAGGUAGAGGAGGCGGAGGUGGCAGAGGAGGCAGAGGAGGCAGAGGAGGCGGAGGAGGCAGGGGAAGCAGAGGAGGCAGAGGAGGUAGAGGAGGCGGAGGGGUCAGAGGAGGAGGCGGAAGAGGAGGCAGCAGAGGAGGAUGAGGCAGUGGAAGCAGAGGAGACGGAGGUGGCAGAGGAGGAGGCGGAGGAACUGGAGGAGGCGGAGGAGGAGGAUACAGCUGGUCACUGUCCUUCGGGCGGCUGUAAUGGCACCGAGACCGGAACGUUCUACAGAGACCGGAACGUUCCACAGAGACCGGAACGUUCCACAGAGACCGGAACGUUCUACAGAGACCGGAACGUUCUACAGAGACCGGAACGUUCUACAGAGACCGGAACGUUCCACAGAGACCGGAACGUUCCACAGAGACCGGAACGUUCAGAGACCGGAGCGUUCUACAGAAGCGUCUGUGCAGAGACCGGAACGUUCUACAGCGGCGUCAGACGCAGACGCUGUGAGUCUGAGUGA